CCAGACUAAGCGCCCUGUGCGUCGCCAGCGGCGCUCGGUGACGUCACGGCUGCCCGGGUGCCUUUGCGUGCGCGCUCCCGCGACGUGCUGCGGCCAGAGGUGGCAAGAUGGCGUCGGCCUAUCUGAGCCAUCAGCAGAGGGUGCUCCGCCUGUACAAGAAGUCCCUGCGGCACCUGGAGUCAUGGUGCAUCUUCAGGUAAUCCCCUGGCCCCCCCACACCGGCCCCCAGGGGCCACAGCAACCGCCCCUCAGUCCUGGGGGCCCAGUGAGUGUGCUGUACCCGGGUAAAGGGCAUCCAAUGACAGCAGAGCUAACACAGAGGGCAAUACAAUCUAUUAUCAUAUUAUACACAAUACACAGCUCAUACCAGCACCAUGUAUCAUAACACAAUAAUGGACUACAUUCAGGAGUUACAUCACUUUGUUAAUGCAGCCCUAGUCACACCUCCCUGCUAAACACUUCCUGUAAAGAGACAUCUAAUGUUUAAACUUCCUUUAUUGCAAAUGCUGUUAAUAGCCCUCUAGACCCUGCAGGUGCUUUCUGUGUGUGAUUUUUUUUAAACAUGAAUUAACAGAGAAGAAGAUAAAAACAUCUAAAGCAAGUUAACAUCUGAUUGGAAAUCAACACCAUUUUUUUGGGGGUUUUUUUUUUUCAUGCAGGCUGUGUACAUCACAGCAAGGGAAGGGUUGGCUAGGGCGGCAUAAACAGAAACAAAAGUGAUUUAAUGGCAGAUAGUUGAGCGGUGAGACUGCAGAGGCAGGAUCUAUACACACAGACUGCUUCAUUAAGCCACGUUUUUUUGAUGCCUAUAGUAUCCCUUUUUAAAUACAAACUCCACUCAUUGGGAAAUUAUACUAAAUUGUUAGGAUACAAGAAAGCACCAAGUAUUAUCAGGGUUUCUAAAUAUACCUGGAAACAUCCAAGACCAGAUAAGAUGAACAUAUGUUAUUCCAUCAAGAAAGCUGAACACCAAAAGAAUUCAAAGUAAAAUUCAAGUAAAAAUAGCUAAAUUGGAAAAAGUCAGUUAUAUUUCCAGUUCAGCUACUUUUUCCUUACAUUUUAAAUCCUCUUUUAAUUCUCACUUUAGUAAAUAACUUUGAUAGUGUGAUCUACCUGGGAAUACGUGUAUUUUUGAUUCAAGGUUUAAUUUCGAGGAAAGAUGUAUGUAGAGACAGUGUUACUGUUCAGCCUCCUAUGUGUUAUAACAAGGACUCCAUUUUAAUAUUGUUGGGUAACAUUUUCAAAUGACUUGAUAUUUUUGGAUACACUUUUAACAUUUUCAUAUUUUGUGAUUUUUAGUUGGAGCAUUUUUUAUUUUUAUUUGAACUAUUCUUAAAUUUGUGAUUCACUUAUCAGCUUCUCACAACUCUUUUAUUGAAUACAUUUUACUGAUUCAAAUUUAUUUUUGGUUUCAUUAUUUUGAUACAAGUACAUUUGCUUAAAAUAGCAAUCCCAUGGUGGUUGUUAUUGUUAUUAUUAUUAUUGCCAUUUAUAUAGCGCCAACAGAUUCCGUAGCGCUUUACGAUAUUAUGAGAGAGGGAUUUAACUAUAAACAGGACAAUUACAAAAAACUUACGGGAACGAUAGGUUGCAGAGGACCCUGCUUAAACAAGCUUACAUUCUAUAGGAGGUCGGAUGUAAAACACAGGAAUUUGCAAAUAAGGUGGGCUGCCCUUUAGGAGAGAGAAAUAGACAGGUAUGUGAGGUAGAGGUUAGUCUGGGAGGCCAUAAGCUUUCCUAAAGAGAUGGGUUUAAAGGCACUUCUUAAAAGAUGAAAGACUAGGGGAGAGUCUGAUGGCGGUAGGCAGGCUAUGCCAUAGGAAGGGAGCCGCCUGUGAGAACUCCUACAAGCUUUAGUUGGCAGCACGGGUGCGGACAACGGACAGGAGGUGGUCACAGGCAGAGCGGAGAGACAGAGAAGGGACAUAUCUAUGGAUCUGUGAGGAGAUAUAAGAAGGGCUAGAGUUGUUCAGUGCUUUAUAGGUGUGAAUUAGUACCUUGAAUUGACUCCUAUAGCAUACAGGAAGCCAAUGUAAGGAAUGGCAGAGGGGUGAGGUGUGAGAGAACCGACUAGAGAGGAAAAUCAGUCUGGCAGCAACGUUCAUUACGGACUGUAACGAUGCAGUACGGCUUUGGGAAGACCAAUCAGGAGAGGGUUACAAUAAUCCAUGCGGGAAAUUACUAGAGCAUGGACAAGCUCCUUGGUAGCAUCUUGUGUAAGAAAGGGGUGGGUGCGGGCUAGGUUUUUAAGAUGGAAUCUACAGGAUUUGGCAACAUGCUGGAUGUCUGGCUCAAAGGUGAGGCCAGACUCAAGUAUGACGCCAAGACCACGCACUUGCAAGGAUUGACUGAUGUGGGUACCACAAACUUAUAUUCUAUAAUUUUCCCCUGCACUUAAACAUCUUUUGCAGGGGCCCUAAUUUAAUGGCCAGACAGAAAUAAAGGACUUCAUGCCAUUCUAAUUGACUUUAAAUAGAGUGGACUGUAUACUGCUACAAACUCUGUUCUGAGGGUGCCAAAUGUGUCAUCCUAGUUGCAUUUGGGAUCACACCUUCAUAAUUCUCUCAUAUUGGAAGCAGUGCUUGUUUUACAUAAGGUAUUGAUGUGAAAUGAGCAUUUUGCAUUUGAGAUUUUACAAUAAUGUGUCUGAAAAAUAUAUAUAAAAUCCCACCAUUUCAGUGCACAUGAAAUGUUGUUAAUCAAUGUCUCCUAGGUAAACAACUAGUGAUUGCAUUUGUAUGCUGGCUUAAAUCUUUCUUCAUGUCUGUCCAGGGACCGAUACCGAUUCUUUGCUUGCCUUCUGAGAGCCCGUUUUGAUGAUCAAAAAGAUGAAAAGGAUAUGGUCAAGGCAACUAUGCUGUUGAAGGCUGGUGAGGAAGAGUUCUGGGCUAUGCAGCAUACUCAGCCCUACAUUUUCCCAGACUCCCCUGGGGGAACAUCUUAUGAGAGAUAUGACUGCUACAAGGUAAAGAAUUGCCUAACUAUAUCCUCUGCUAAAUAUAUGUACAGGGCUAUACACUAAAAGGUGAAUUGUUGGAAAUUACAAAAUAUCAAAACUGAAAACAUAGCUCAUUCUAAUAUUUACAUUUCAUAUUGCAAAAAAAUGAAUAAAUUAUUUAGAAUUUUUUGUCAAUUCACACUUGUGUUGUAUCACACACCAAGGGCAAUUUGCAUAUUUAUAUAAAAAUAACCUUACCUUAACUGCUUACACACAAGUAAGAUGAUCCAAACACUGAGAACUAUAGUCAUCAAGGCUGCAAUGCCGAUCACACUGCAUUUCAAGAGACCACAUUGCAUUAACCGCUUUACAUUUUAAGGGAAGUAGGAUUAAAACCACAGGGUACAUUAAGAACCACGUAAGAAAAGUAGGUUACUAGGAGUUUACAAUAAAGUCCUAACAAAUUUUAAAAAAAUCAUAAAAUCAAGAGGGGCAGAUUAAGGAAUUGCUGCCAGUUUUAUAGAAAAACCCGACUAGUAUCCUAAUUAACUAAGAAACAUGUUUUCUUUUAGUGGUUUUCUCCAAUAAAGGUACAAAUUAUAAAAUAUAUAUAUAUAUAUAUAUAUAUAUAUAUAUAUAUAUAUAUAUAUAUAUAUAUAUAUUUAUUUUAUUUUUUUUUUUUUUAUUUUUUUUUUUUUCAAGUUUGGGAACAUGCAAAUGUUGCAUUCAUAGAUUAGGUUGGGCUUUAUUUUUUAUUUUUUUUUAGUUUUUAGAAUAAGUAAACAUUAUAUAUUUAUUUAACGCCAAUGAGAAUUAUAUAGAGAUUGAAAAAAUCUGUAAACUUGCCUAACUUAAACAACAAUCAUAAAUUGAGAACAACUUGGCUGCGGCCUUCUGCCUUCUGUGCUUCUGUCAUAAAUAAUGGUGCAAACAUAAUAUCUUAUUUUAUGCUUCACUAUAGGUUCCGGAGUGGUGUUUGGAUCACUGGCAUCCAUCUGAGAAGGCCAUGUACCCGGACUACUUUUCCAAGAGAGAGCAGUGGAAGAAGCUUCGAGAGGAGAGCUGGGAACGAGAGGUCAGUGCUAACUCAUGGCAUGAGAGAAAUCCUCUAUUUUUAUAUAGAUAUCUCUUAUUUAUAAAGAGAGAGCAAGCAUUUAUUGCAGAGCUUUCUAAUGGGUUCGGGAGUCAUACAAUUCAAUUCAACAUGAGUUUGACUUACGGAAACAAGAGGUAACAAGAACCCUAGUAAAAUAAGCUUGCAAUCUAAAGAGAAUGGAGUGAAUUGACACAAAUGGUAACAGCAUAGUUUGCAAAAAGUAUAUAAUGUAUAAAGACAAAAUGAUUUCAUAUUGAAUCCAUAAACAUUUAGAGAACAUAUGGAGAUGAUAAAGAAAAAGGGAGAUGAGUCUGGCAGUGGCAUUCUGCCUGAAUUGUAGGAGCACUUUGUAGUAGUCAUGAUAGGACGUAAACAUUAUACAAGCAUUUUAGUUGUAUCAUGUGUUACAAAGGAGUAGAUGCAAGCUAUGUGUUAAAGAUGGAAGUGUCAAGGUUUGAAGAUUGACUGGAUGUGGGGCGUGUGUAUGAGAAGUUAAAAUCAGAGGACACGGAGUUUGCACGCCUUAUACUUGGUUGUACCAACACUGACCUGAAAUUAUAUUGAUUGAGGAUGACCACUUAAAAGAGGGAAUACAAUAUGUUCUGUUGUUGAGAGAUUGCAUGUUAUAAGGUGAGCGAUCCAGUCAGAUGAAAGAAAGUGGUGAUAGGAUAAUUAGUGCUUUGAUUUGGUUGUUGUUGGCGGCGUAAAAGUAUUAUAAAACCCAAAAAGAAAUUAAUCAAGUCAUCUAAUGAGACGCUGUAGUGUGAGAACAGAAUAUGUAAAGAAAUGGCUAUCCCGAAGAAGGCAUCACAAAAACUGGUGGGAAAAUAAGAAGAAAGCCAUGAAAAAGUCACAUGCACCAUGAUUACAGAGGUAGGUGUUGAAAGCAGCAAGAACAGUGACCUCUAAAUUGUAAGGCAAUCCAAUCACCUGUCACCUUCUUUAAGAAGUUUUAUUGGAUUGAUGAGGAUGAAAAACCAAAAGGGAGGGUCGUUAGGAGUUCGAAUACACGGACUUGGUCAGUCUUGUAUGCACUAGCCAUUAAAGGAGCUUAGAGGCAAAAUUUAGUAGUGAGAUGGGAUGGUAGUUUAAUGGUGAGUUAUACAUUAGCGUGUAGGCUGUUUAAAAAAAAAUAGAAAAAAAUCAAUUGGAGUGUUCCUUUAAACAUUGUAGUUGAUAUACCCCCAGUUUAAACAUGCAUUCUGCACUUUUUAAAAUGGGAAAAAAGAGGCACACUCCACACAUGAUGCACUUCAGCAAGCUACAGUGCUUUAGGAUUUUUAAAUGUUGCUUUAAGAAAAAAAUGGGAGGGACUGUGGCAUGUUUUAAAUUGAGUGCAAAAAAGGUGUCGGAGGGGAGAGUGAGAUUAAUGUUUUUGUGAAAGCUGGUACAGGAGCGAAGAACUGCGGUGUGUGUGUGUGAUUAAGGAAAUAAUUUGGUAGGAAGGAAGAUGAGUGAAAAUCUCCUCAAUGUUAGUUGAUCAGGACAGAAGUAAAGACCGGCCAUUUAGAUUGAGGAUGGCGAAGUUUGGGUUCUGAUAGUUCUUGCUUCUGUUUGGCAAGAAUUUUAGCAAAGUAGGAUUAAAAAGCUGUGAGGCUGGUGGGAGAGGGAGCAGAAAUUAAAUUAAAUGAAGCAGUGUGUUAUAAACUUGGUAGAUGCGUCUUGGAUCUUAAGUUAAGUUGAUCCUGUCGCGCCAGGUUCAGCUUAAAAUAUAAGCGUUCUUAAAGCACAAAAUAUAUAAUUUAUUUCAAAAACCUUAUGGCAUAGGAUUUAAUAUAUAUUUAGCUUCUGGCCAGUGAUCCAGCUUUGCUAUUCUUGGGGAUCCAAUGGCUGCUGCCAACAUUAUAGCGGUGUAUUUGAACGUGAUAAAUUCUGAUUUUGUGUGGUCGCCACUAUUUAGAUUCAUCCAGAUCACUACUUCAGCUUGUUUAGUUCCCCAUUUGUUAUUGUAGCUGGGGGGUAUCACAUACAGUAUGUAGAAGAAUUGAAUCGGGAUCCUUUAUACCUUCACAGGGUAGAUAGAGGCUUUGAUUUAGCCUCUCCAUGUGAUUUAUGCAAGUGGUCACUUUAAAUAUAUUCUUUCUUCUAUAUAGAUAUUCCAUGUUGUUAUGAGAGCUUACCAGGUCACUGUAUGCCAAGGUCUAGCUUACUCUGCUGGCACUUUUGUUAUAUCAGCUGAUUUGUAAAUGGUGUCCUGCAGGCUUAUCUAAGUUAAUGGCUGGAUACAUUUGUAUAAGUUAUCGCUUUUGUCUACUCUUUUCUGUAUUUACCCUACUCUAUAAUGGGUGUGUAUUUAGUUGGUAGUUUUUGAAACAUUCAAUUAUUUCCAUUUUAGUUAAUUUUUGUCACAUAAAGUGACUAUAGUAGCUUUAAUUUUAUAAGUCUAAAUAAAGGUUAUGUUUUUAUAUUUAUUGGGGUUUUUCUCACCUUUCAAUCUGUCAUUGGAGACUUAAACAUUAUAGCUUGGGUUAUACACUUUUUUUGUUUUUGAGUUGCCCUUGAUGCAACAGUGAACAUCUACUGCAAGCAUGUCAAACUCAUAGGCUAACACGGGCCAAAUAAACAAGGUUUAAGUUUAUGUGGGCCGCAAAAAAACUCCAAAACUUCAGUUUUCAUUGAAAUGUAGGUUUAUUAAGUACAGUAUAAAAAAAGUUGCCAACUGACACCUGGAUGUCCUCACACUCGUAGGACUUCAAAGUAAAUACGAGAGCAAAUUUAUUUUAAGGAGACGUGCCUUUGCAUAUAACCAAUGUUUCAGUCAACUACCUUGACAUAUUAAGGAAAAUUUGGUAAUGGGACUGAAAUGGUGAAUCUUGUUGAUUUUAAAGUCAUAUGAGUGUGUUCUUCACUUUGGCUGAGCUCAUCAAACUUGAUGAUCUCUACCAAUCCAUUUCUAAUAAGAAAGCAUUGAGAGGCUAUUGUGCAUGUGUGGCAAAAAGCUGCGCGGUCAGUCAGCAUCUCCAUGGGGAACGUUCAGCGUCUCCAUGCAGCUCCAAUGUAAUACACUGCCUCCCUCCCUCCAAUCUAAUACACUGCACCCUCUCCGAAUAUAAUACACUGUCCUCCUUCCCUUCACUCUAACUGAAUACACUGCCUCCCUCCCUACGCCAAUUUAAUACACUAUCAUUCCCCCAAUUUAACACACUGCCCCCCCUUUCACCACUUUGAUACACUGUCCUCCCCCAAAUUAAUACACUGCUCCCCCUCCCCAAUUUAACAUACUGCACAGGGAAAUCCCCAAGCCCCUCUUCUCCUACGUUAAGAUGAGCUGCCCGUCCACCAGUUCCAGCCCUGCUCUGCUCGGUAAUACUGCGAGCAGGAGGGAAGGGGGAGUGGCUGGCCGGCUCUGCAGACAGACAGACACUCUGCCCUCUUGCGGCUGUGGGAGGGAAGACCAGGAUGACAGGAAAGAUCUUUCCAGUCUUGCGGCUGGUUGCACCCACAGCACAAAGCAGCCCCAGUCUUUGGCAUAGUUUUCCACAUUUUAUAGAAAUAGCUUAUAACCUAUACAUUUGGUAGUAUUUCUGCUAGAACGGUGUAUAAAUUACUUUUUUUUUUUUUUUUUUACAACAGAGCACCAUGCGGAUACCCAUAACAGUAACUACUCUUAGGCAUGGGAGGGUACUGAGGAUAGGAUAAUGAACGUAAAGUGAAAUAACGUGUAAUGUAGGACAAGAGUUCCCCCAGCUACACUUAGCCAUUCAGCAGCACCUUUGGAGGUUUUGAAUGGAGUUUUGGCUCUCGAAAGAAGCUAAUCGUGGUUGGUGCUGUUUUUCCCUUUAUGGAUAACGAGGAGUUGCACAGGAGGGUUGCUGAAUUGAGACUUGAGAUGAGACGUAUUGCUGCUGUAUGGUGCAGAUGUGGACAUUGCUGCAGUUAUUAUUCUGUCUGAAAUCUUUGAUUGUGAUAGCAUGUCCCCAAAAGGAAAUGCUGUAAUUUUGCAUAAGGAACAGCAAUCAUAAUAUUCUGACAUUAGGUUAAGUAUUAAGACCAAACUGGGAGAAUGUAUAUGCUGUUCUUAUCAAUAUACAUGUUGGAUGACUAAGAGCAAUCCUAGUAUUUGUCAGUGCUGCUUUUUCAUUGCUUAGAUAUGUUACAAACAGACAAACAUGUUUUAAACCUGGAGGAACUAUCAGCAGUGUCUAGUACUGGUCUCCAGCUAUUGCUGUAAAAUAAGCAAUCCGUAUUAAGCGUGCAUUAACUGGAAGGAAUCAUAACAUAGCUCCUGUACUUUGGUCAGUGAGGAUGUAUUUAUUUGCCUGCUGCUUCUCUUCCAGAUUUACCUUUUUAUUUGUCCUGUUCGAUAUUUUGUUUUUAUAAUUUUUUGUUUCUCUCUCUCUCUUUCUCCCCCACCCCCCCCAACUUCAGGUGAAACAAUUAAUGAGCGAAACUCCAGCUGCUGGUCCUAGAACUGAAUUGUUGCCACCUGCCCGUAAAGAAGGGGACUUGCCUCCUCUCUGGUGGCAGUACGUGACAAGGCCACGAGAGCGCCCCACAUAAAUUAUUGCUUCCGUGAAUCAGACCUUGCUGCCUAAAUAGGUGUCUGACAUGAUAAACUAUGAGCAUAUUAAAUAUUACGUACUGUACAAUAAACAGGGUGUCUUUCUUCUUUUUGUAUCUC